CGCUGGUUGAAGUGAAAGGCGGGAUCAUCGAAACUCCGCCUCUUUUCUGAAUAGAUAAAACGCAGGCGGCACAAGCCAGGGUUCAAAUGCAGGUUCCCGGGAGCGGAGAAUGAAGUCUGCAGGCGGUGCCUCUGAGACAGAGAUUGUCCGCUCUAACACUGAAGAGAAGAGUCUGGUUCGGAGAUCAUGAAACACCUACUGUGCAUCGCUCUGCUGCUUCUCGCUGCUCAGCCGUUGGAAUCCGCCUGCUUCAUUACGCCACAGCACAUAAGCGCGAGGGGCUUCUGCCUUGACACAAACGACGGGACGUCUCAUGAAUUCGGGGAAUAUUGGUAUAGCACCAACUGCUGGGAGUGCGUGUGUUCGCUCAUUGGCUAUAUUUGUUGUGAACGGUAUUUCAUGCCAGAAGGUUUCCCAGCCGAUUGCAUGUUAACUUUCGAUAUUCAGAAUUGCCGGUUUCGUCUCAAAAAGAGGAAAAACCCGACUAUCGACUGUCCAGUGGAAAUCGUCGUUGGGAAAUGAGCUGCGGUAAACAGGCAGUUCCCUUCCAAUGUGGCGACAUACAUCAACGAGCCUUGACUCUUGCAUGUAAUGUAAUGUAAUGUAAUGGCUCUUGCAUCACAAUAAACAAAUACCAAACCUA